CAACGUCAAUAUCUGUUUUCUAUAAGUUUUUUAGGGCUGAUAAAUAAAUAAAUCAUAGAAGUAGAAGCGCCAGCAAGAACGUGAAUUGAAUUGUCGAUUUGGUUAAUUCAGAGAGAAUUUAACCAUUAAAACAAUUUCAUAUUAAGGUUUAAUUGUAUUGCAGACUACUGUACUGUAAUCAUGACUCAAACAAAGCUUUCAUUGGCAUGGCAAUCAUUUAGGAAUAAUAUUUGCGAGGGUUUGAGUUCCUUCCAGCAGAGAGAAGAGUUUGUUGAUAUGACUCUGGCGGCGGAUGGUCACCUUGUAAAAGUUCAUCAGAUGGUCCUCUCGCUGGCCAGCCCAUACCUUAAGGAACUCAUAAAAUCAGCACCUUGUCCUCACCCCAUUUUGUUUUUAAAUCAAAUAUCAUACCCAAUACUAUGUUCUAUACUGGAGUACAUUUAUUCUGGUGAAGUGGUUGUAAAUAAAGAUGACAUUGGUGAACUAAUUCAGGCUGGGAAGGCUUUGCAUAUCAAGGGAUUUGAAGUUAUGGAUUUGAAUAACACUGAAAGAGGUGAUGGGGAUACUGACCAAAUGAUCCCAAGUUCAGAUGCUAAUGAUCUGGAUGUGCUUCCUUCAUCUGUCACAAUUGCUAGGAAAAGAAAAUUCAAUGAUGAUCCUAUUUGGACUGAAACUGUUGAUAUAGACAAAGGAGAUCAUAAUAAUACAGUGAUUAUACCACAAACAAAUAUGGAUGAAGACUACUUAGAUUCAACAGGACUCGACGAGAGUUUCGAGGAUCACACGCAAGAUAGGAAGGAAGUCCCGCUUAGAGCUAGUAUUAUAAAAAGCAAUGUACCAAGUGGUCCCACUGUACAGUACACUCUUUCGAACCAAGGUAACCUGCAGAUAAUAUUGAAUCGGUACAUGUAUAAUUUGGCAUAUGUUUACAAGAACACCUCUCCUCCGGCCAGAUUAUGGAAAUGUGUUGACGUGAAGAGUAAAAAAUGUAAAGCUUCCGUCACCACCAAAGAUGAUGUUGUAGUACAAAGGGUAGGCGCUCACAAACACCCAUUUCACGACAAGAAAAUCUUAAGGAAAGUUGAAAAUAAUAUUGUACGUACAGCGAUCAAGGAUGCAGAGAACAUGCAAAAUAGAACAGACGACACUGACGGACAUACAAAAAGAUUAUCCAGUGAGAGUCAGUGAACUAGCGACGGAAUGAAAUAUUGU